AUGUCCCGAGAUAAUUCAGCCCCGCUCCCCGCAGCCUCCAACAGUGGGUCCCUGAGGCGCACAGCGCGCGGGGACCAGGAGACGCGCACGGGUCUGGCCUCUGCGCGCGGCGGGCUCGCGCUGGCAACCUCACGUCCCAGGCGGCGGCGGGCUGCGAGCGAGGCGGGGCCAGGAGCGCUGCCGGACCCCGGUGCCCUCCGGCGCCACCCCGGGGCUGGCGCCGAGGCGGCCGCGGGUGGCUCGCUGGGGGGAGCGGGGCGGGGCCUGCGGGGGCGGGCUGGGGGCGGGGCGCGCGCGCGAGAGCCCAGGGAAGGCGGGGCCGCGGCGCGGGGCGGGCUCUGGCCGCCCGAGUGUCACACACGCGGCGGUUCGGGAGGCGGCGGCAGCAGCGGCGGCAUCGGCAGGCGCCGCCGGGACCGGCACUGGCGCGCGGCUCGGGCGGGCGCCGGCUGCCUCCCUUCAUCCUUCGCUCCCUCUCCCUCUUGCUUGCUCGCCGGCUGCGGGGCCAAGCUCUCCCCCAGCGCUCUCGGGAAGGAAGAAGGGGGGCCAAAGACGCCGACAAGUUCCCGCAGCAGCCGCAGAUCCCGGCCCAGGUGGAGGCUGCGGCUCCGACGGGGCAGGAGAGCGCUCCUCGGCGGAGCGCGCGGCCAGACCGUCCCAGGCUGGGGGGCGCCCGGGCCUUUCGCUGUCCGCGGGGCGGAGGGCCGGGAUCCCAUGAGACGCGCCCGUAAGGGGCGAGAGAGCCGAAGCCCGGGCGGCGAGAGGCAGAGGCGGAGGGCGGUGCUGCAGCUGCUGGAAGCCGGGGUCGGCCGGCAGGAGGCGGCGGAGAGAACUUGA